GGCGGAAUUGUCCGAGGUGUUCCGAUUGAGAUAAACUUUAGGGCGUAGAAGGAAGUAGGACAGUUAUAGUGUUUUAUUGUUUUAUUUGGAUAUCAGUUGGUGUUCAUAUAUACAAUUUGGCAACGUAAUAAAGCAAGAAAAUAUAAUUGUCUAUAAUUUUAUUUUUUAUGUAAAAGAUAUUAAAAGUAUAUAUUAAACUUAUAAACAGUGGUUUUCAAAUCGAAAGUUGCAACAGGUUCAAACACAAUUUCACAAUGGCUUCUAAAAGAUUUGUGGAUUCAAACCGAGACAAUGCAGGCGACUUUAUUGGAGAAAGUGCUGUGACACAAUCAUGCGAGCCCUGUAUGAAAUCGAACAUAUCAAAAACUCCUACGGUUUUCUGCAAGGAUUGUGAUGAGUUCUUGUGUGAUGCGUGCACAAAUCCGCAUAGGGUAUAUAAGCCUGGUCACCAUAAUAUUGUCAAUGUACAGGACCAUAAAUCUGCGCCCGUAAUACUCGACAUGAAAGGAAUGGACAAGUGCCAUGAGCAUGGACGAGAAAUAGAGUUUUUCUGCCAGGAUCAUUCUAAGCUUUGUUGCCUUUCAUGCGUUCUUAUUCACCGGAAAUGUGACAAAUUGGAUGAAAUAGCCAAAGUAUCCAGACAAACACGACCCGACCUGCAAGCAUUAAAACAAUCAUUGAUAAAAAUGCAAUCCGAGGCUGACGCUAUUAUAGCGGAUUGUAAGCAGUCCGAAACUGGCUUAAAUGAGUCCAUUGCAAAGAUUUCUGCAGAGGUGGAUACAAUGAAAGAUCGUAUCAUACAACUAUUUGAAGAAGCAAAGCAGAAAUUAAUAAGUGAGGCAAAACAGUUUAAAACUGCAAAAGGCAAACGAAUCGGGAAUAAAUGUGACGCCUCGCUCAAAGUUAAGGAAGAACUAAACAAUGUAUUGUCGAUGUGUUGUGUCGUUUUAGAACGCGGAACGCCCAGUCAACAGUAUAUUUAUUCAGAACAAAUGAAGGAGAAACGGAAAACUAUCGAAUCAACUAUAGAUGAACAAAGAAAGAUUACAUUCUCAUCAACAAUGACAGUGUCUUUUCCAAAACAGGUUACUUCACUUCUUGAGAUGGGAAGCAAUUCUAUAAAACUGAAUUAUGAUGGCAACAAGACAGUGGACACCAGUAGCAUCAGCUUGUCGUCCCCACCAAGGCCUGUCACCCUGGAGUUGCUUGUAUCUGUGGAUCUACCAAAGACUAGAGAUGAUAAGAAGGAGCCUGUCCUCAGUGGACUGGACUUCUUGCCGGACGGGAGACUGGUAGCCGUGGAUAACAAGAACUGGAAAUGUAUCAUAAUGAAUGAGCGACUACAGAGACUUGGAACACCGUACAAGUUCAAGGGUAGCCCAUAUUGCGUAGUAUGUGUGUCUCAUGAUACACUGUGUGUAACGGGUGGUGGUUCUAAAGGUGUAUGUCUCCUGUCUGUGAGUACAGACAAUACCAUCACACUGACCAGGGAGAUCAAAACAACAUCCAAGUUCUUCUCUAUAUGCUGCAUGUCUCCAUCUAACAUGGUCGUGAGUGCGUUCGAUAAUCCCCGUCCUGCUAGAAUGAUAUCAGUGGACGGGGUAGAGUCAGACUUUGAUCACUUCCUGACGUUUCCUUUGAAGACGUACAAAUUAGAUGAGUCUACAUGCACGUAUGUCCAGUCUAAGAACACGUUAGUUCUGACUGACCAACUCGCUCACACAGUGUACAUGUACGACACCGUGAAUGGCACAUCUAGAGCAGUCACUGAUGAGAACAUACAGGAACCUCGUGGCGCCUGUGUAGGACCUGGUGACACGGUGCUGGUGUUCAGUAAGAAUAACCACUCCAUCGUGCACCUGACCAUUGACGGUAAAAUACUCGGUACAUACCCAGUGGAUAUGGAGUACCCGGUAAGCAUAUGUGUGUCUAAGGACGGCACCAGGCUGGCGGUGACCAACAGCGUUAGAGGCGCCAAGAAACUUCACUUGUAUAAGAUAUCACCGGCCAUGAGUUAGAUGACUAGUAAGAUGUUAUCCAUGUGAUCAGGCUUUAUACACAAUUAUGUAAUAUUGACUUUCGUGAAUUGAUGUGGUUAAAGCAACUCGUAAUACUAUAAUGUUUAAAGAAAAUUGAAUAGUGUUGUUAUAAGGUUUUAUCGUUGAAGAAUUUCGAAAUAUUUCGAACUAGCUAUGUAUUUUGCAUUUGUUAUUAUGUAAAAUGUGUCUUUAUACUUAACUUCAAGAAUUGUUACAUUGUGUAUUUGAAUGAUUUUAAAUGUAUUGUGUAUGUAAUGCUAUUUAUAUUUGCCUUUCAUGCAACUUAACCGGUGUGUACGGUAGUUAGGCGCGUUAAGUAUUUCUAAAUGAAUGUUGUUGUUUUUUAAAAACAUUACUAUGCAUAUAUUUUCUUAAAGGGUCCGUCCAACAGAUUUUGGCAUGUAUUGAAGCAUGUCAUUUAAUGCUCUAUAUUGAUAAAUUUAAACAUUUAACCUAAAAAUCUCCAGUAAAAAACAACAAGAAUACAAUUUAAUAAAAGGAAAAAAACUCAACAGGGCUCGAACCACUGACCCCUUGAGUCCUGGAGUAAAAAGUCUUCCGCAUUGGCCACUCUAGUACUCUACCAUCCAUGCUCAUACAUAGAGCGGAUGUAUUUUUUACCUAGUAUAUAAGCAAUCCUCAUAGUUUCCCAAAAUAUAACUAAAACAACAGAACUUUCCAAAUUUUUCAAUCGUUUCGCUUCGCACGACGUUUCAUAACUUUCAGGUUUUCAAAUCGUCAAAAGAUGCAUAUAAUAGAUAUUUAAGAGCAUGGUAAAUGGUCAGUAUUUCUAUUUCCUCAAAAAUAUCAUAUAAAAAACGAAAAUUUGCGAAUCUGAAACAACUUUUUAUAAUUUUGUCAACUUACCAAUCUUUUGGACGGCCCCUUUAAUACCACGAAAGAAAGUGUGCGUUCUCUCAAAAUAAUGCUUGUUUUUGUUUAACGUACAUUGGCCACUAUAUAAUGAUCAACAAAAGUCGAAUAGGACUAGAAUUCCCAGCAUGUCACUUGUGCCUGUAAAUAGUCAAAUGCCUUGUAUCGUUAUAAUGUAAAGGAUACUUUAAAAAGUCGUUAAUUUCA